UACGUAGCCGCCGUCGAGCCGUUGUCUGCUCGUGUUGUCCGCCGGGUGGAGUUUGGCUACAGUCCGCAAGACAAAGACAAGUGAUGGACCCAUGAAACGCUACUGUACCGGCUUUGGACACAACGUGACGGAAGGUCUGUGUGACACUGAGCUGCGGAGCCCCUGGAUCCUCAACAGACAAGAGAACCACCUGCUGUGCGCUCUUGUUUUUGUUUCAUUGUUUACAUCUCUGUCACCAGUGGGAGGCUUUGUACAAAUAGCAAAAGAGGACAUCUGAAGCAAGGACGGCCAUUAUUUCAUCACAGCUGUUUUCAAAACUUUACCUUCCAGUUCUUGGAUUUUAAUUCAACUGAGCUUCAGGAACUGAUUCACGGUGAAAAUAAUGAAAUUCAUUUAUAUUGCCCAAGAGGGCAACGCUAAGAUGGUCACUUGUACUUGUAUUGAAUCUCUGCUCAGCAUGAGGAGAAGCUCCGUCCCCUAGUUAUCUUGAUGAAGGCCUUAUUCUGACAAAAGAUAAAGGCCACUUAGGGCCAGGAGGUGGAGUGCCAUCUGCUCUGCCCUCUGAUUUCAACUAUUUAAUAGAUUUCAUCGCCCUCCUGACUUCAAGAUGGAGCUCUUCUUCAACCCCUUUGACAACUUGGUGUGUAUCCUGCUGGGUAUCUCCUUCACCGUGUGGUUCACCCUGCUGCUGGUCUUCAUCAUCGUGCCUGCCAUCUUUGGGGUGUCCUUUGGCAUCCGACGUCUUUACAUGAAAACAUUGUUAAAGAUCUUUGAGUGGGCCACACUCAGGAUAGAGAGAGGAGCAAAAGAAAAGAAUCACCUUCUGUACAAACCCUACUCAAAUGCAAUCAUUGCCAGAGAGCCAACCUCCUUGGAGCAGGAGAUCAAGGAGAUCCGGCGGAGCGGCAGCAACAGAGACUUGGACUCAGCCCCUGAGUUUGAGAUGUCUGACAUCUUCUAUUUUGCUCGGCGAGGAGUGGAGAGCAUCAUGGACGAUGAGGUGACCAAGCGGUUCUCUGCUGAGGAGUUGGAGUCCUGGAAUCUGCUGACCCGCAGCAACUACAACUUCCACUACAUCAGCCUGAGGCUGACCGUCCUAUGGGGGCUGGGCCUGCUGAUCCGCUACGGCUUCCUGCUGCCUCUCAGGGUAACUCUUGCCUUCACUGGUGUCGGCCUCCUUGUGUUCCUCACUUCUCUUGUUGGGCUGCUGCCGAAUGGAAGGAUGAAAAACUUUCUGAGUGAGAAAGUCCAUUUGAUGUGCUACAGAAUAUGUGUCAGAGCUCUGACAGCCAUUAUAACCUAUCAUGACAGUGAGAAUAAACCCAAGAAUGGAGGCAUCUGUGUCGCCAACCACACCUCACCCAUAGAUGUUAUCAUCCUGGCCAGUGAUGGCUGCUAUGCUAUGGUUGGCCAAAUUCACGGUGGCUUGAUGGGGGUCAUUCAGAGAUCCAUGGUCAAGGCAUGUCCACACAUUUGGUUUGAACGCUCAGAAGUCAAAGACAGACAUCUAGUGGCCAAAAGAUUGAGUGACCAUGUAGAAGAUAAAUCCAAACUGCCUAUUCUCAUUUUCCCAGAAGGUACCUGCAUUAACAACACAUCAGUUAUGAUGUUUAAGAAGGGCAGUUUUGAGAUUGGUGCCACAGUCUACCCUGUGGCCAUUAAGUAUGAUCCUCGCUUUGGAGACGCAUUCUGGAAUAGCAGCAAGUUUGGCAUGGUCAACUACCUGUUACGUAUGAUGAGCAGCUGGGCCAUCGUCUGCAGUGUGUGGUACCUCCCUCCCAUGUCUAGAGAGGAGGGAGAGGAUGCUGUGCAGUUUGCCAAUCGUGUAAAGGCAGCUAUAGCCAGGCAAGGGGGACUAGUCGAUCUCUUGUGGGAUGGAGGAUUGAAGCGAGGAAAGGUAAAAGAUACCUUUAAAGAAGAGCAGCAAAAGCUGUACAGUAAAAUGCUGGUGGGCACCCAAGAAGAUCGCAGUCGCUCCUGAAGGACCUCUGCGGAGGCGGACUGGCUCAGAGAUCCACUUGCGCACCUCUGACUAAAUAGGCAGUCAGCAGGGCUCACUCUCUGUUGGCACUCCUGGACUGGAAAAUUCCCUCUCGGAUGUCAACAGUACUCCAUUUGGCUUCCUCGGUCACUGCCUCAGCCUGGCAUGUUCAGUUUGCAUCACUGUUACGGGUCUCUCUGAGUCUGCUGCCUUCUGUUGGAAUAGCUCGACUUGAAGCCCUGUUUGCAUUAGAAAUGAAAAUAAGGUGUGCACAGAAAAAGACUAUUGUCUUCCUUGGUGGCAGUCUUUUGAGAGAAAACUUGUAUUAUUAUCUAUCAUUGAGUUCCUGUCUUUGUUUGAUAGUUUCAACUUUUUGAUUUUUAUUUUACUGUCAUGUUUGUAUUGCACUGUGUUAACAUUACAGAGCUGAUAUACCUGGGAUGUAGAGGAGAGUUAUUGUAGAUAAAAACUAGUUUGUUCUAAAGCUAAAACCUGUGGUUGAGUUGGGGUUUUGCAUGACUGGCUUCUGCCCAUGAUUUCGGGCACUAUGCCAGAUUUUGUUACAUUUCAAAUAUUUUUAUGGGCUUUUUCCAAGAGAAAAAAAACUUGUAUUUUAAGCUUUGU